AUGGAAGAGACCGAGCCUCCUUUCGCCUCAGCAAUCAUGGACGAGGUGAUGCCGUCAAGGUUCAGGAUGCCCCCUAUCAUCCAAUUCUCCAGAUUCGGAGACCCCUCAGAGCACGUGGAAUUAUACCGAUCGUGGAUGCAAAUCCAGUCGGCUACGGAUGCCAUGAUGUGCCGAGCCUUUUCGAUAACUCUCUCCGGGUCUGCUCGGAGUUGGUAUCAACAACUUAAACCGAAAUCGAUUAGCUCCUUCGCGAAGCUUAGCAGAUUGUUCCUUACCCAGUUUAUCACUGGUAAGAAGAGUCGGAAGCUGACUACUCAUCUGUUCACCCUCAAACAGGGGAACAAAGAACCACUAAAGAAUUAUAUUGUCCGCUUCAACAAGCAAGCAUUAUUAGUGGAAGAUUACGACAACAAGAUGGCGCUCUCAGCCAUGUUCAGCGGCCUCAAAGAAGGGAAGUUCACCUUCUCAAUUGGGAAAAAUCCACCGACUACCCCGGCCGAGCUCAUUAGCAGGGCUCAGAAGUAUACCAAUGCUGAGGAAUUCUCCAACUCCUGCAGGAACAUCCAAGCUACUAAAACGUCAUCAAAAGAAAAAAGGCAAAGGAACGAAGAACCUCGGUCGUCCAGCAAAAAGCCUGACGACCGGGCUCCUCGCGAUCUCAGCUAA